AUGCCUAGUCCACCUGCCAGAACGGAGGAGCUUAUCCAUUGGCAGCCACCUCCUCCCGAGUGGGUUUGCCUCAACUCUGACGGCUCUGUUCUCUUUUCAUCAGGCCACGCAGCAGCUGGUGGCCUGAUUCGUGAUCACUUAGGACGUUACUUGCCGGCGUUCGCUAUUAACCUGGGUAUCUGCUCCAUAACCCAGGCUGAGUUGAGAGGCGUUGUUGAAGGUUUACAGGUGGCUUGGGACGCUGGCCAUCGCCGUGUCCACGUUCAAUUGGAUUCCAGUGUGCGAUGCAGCUGUUGCACGGCAUGA